UGAAGUGUUGAUGGACGUCUGAAUUCACGGUCGAGAUUAUUAACAAGACGGAAAUAACAUGAAAUCUUUAGUUGUUUUUGUGGGAUUAUUUCUUCUGGCGGACGGAUGGAAUCGGAAGGUUGCUGAAGCCAACACCAGUCUCGAUCUACUCCGCAAAUUACUCAUUGGAAUGAAAAGAGAUUUUAACUUGAUGAUCGACAAUGAUGAUUUAGAUAGAGGCAAACAACAUUUCAAAAGUAAAGAGGGAUUCUGCAGAACAACUGAUGAAGCAGCUACGCGUUACUGGUUACGACGAACAAAUGAGAAACUUCGAAUCGAGAUGAAUACCAAUGUAGUUGCUGGUUGGAACUAUGAAUCUAACAUCACUGAUGCCACCAAAGAGAAGAUGACGGAAAGCAACGUUAAAUUUGCGGCUUUUCAACGGAAAUUGGGGGAGGAAGUUGGUAGCUGCAAGAGCCAAACCUUCUCUGAUGAUACCAGCAGACAACUAAAACUAUUGGACCAGAUCUUCUCGCCCAAAGACCCAGAUAACGUUAAAGAACUGGAGGAUUUAAAGGCCGAUCUUACUGAGAUAUACGGAGACGCUGAAGUGGAAAUGAACGGAAGCAUGUUACAAAUUGAACCGGAACUAACUGAUAUCAUGGCCAACAGUCGAAAUGAGACGGAGUUGCGGGAAGCUUGGGAAAAAUGGCGUGACGUCACGGGCACAAAAAUGAAAUCCAAAUAUACUAGAUUGGUAGAACUCCAGAACAUUGGUGCUAGGGACAAUGGGUACGCAUCACAAGCCGAGGUCUGGCUGACAACAGAUUUCGACGAGGUAGAUGGAGUAGAAGAAAUGUGUGACAGGUUAUGGGCCGAAUUAAAACCUUUAUACUCGGAACUUCAAAAAUAUGUAUACAACAAACUGAAAGAUUACUACAAGGACGACAUUACGUUCCCGGCCGACGGGUCCAUACCUGCUCACUUACUGGGUAACAUGUGGGCACAAGAAUUUAUAUCAAUUUUCGAUUUGGUGAAACCUUUUGAUAUACAAAACGAAAAUUACGAUGACGCUCUGAAAGAAAAUGGAUAUACACCGAAGACAAUGUUCGAGGUGGCAGAACAGUUUUAUAUGUCAUUAGGACUGCCGGAAAUGACGAAAAAAUUCUGGAAGAAUUCCAUCAUUGAAAAACCUGCGGACCGUAGCCUUGUUUGCCAUGCUUCCGCUUGGGACUUUUUUGACGAUGACGAUUUCCGAAUAAAGAUGUGUACAGAUGUUACUAUGGACUAUCUCGAGACAGUUCACCACGAGAUGGGUCACGUGCAUUACUACAUGGCCUAUGAAGACCAACCCGUCGUCUAUCGUCGAGGCGCCAACGGGGGAUUCCAUGAGGCUAUCGGCGACACCAUAGCUCUCGCUGUUCGAACACCGAAACAUCUGUGUGAAUUGAUUGGAGUAGCCUGUCCUAGUGAUGAUGUGGACCCAGAGAAAGCGGAUAUGAACUAUUUAAUGAAGAAAGCUCUCUUGAAGGUAGCAUUUCUUCCAUUCGGCUUACUGAUCGACAAAUACCGAUGGGCAGUAUUCAGAGGAACGAUAAAACCAGAGAACUACAACUCGGAAUGGUGGAAAAUGAGGAAGGAGUACCAGAUGAUAUCGCCUCCGUCACCUCGAGGGGAAGAGUUCUUUGAUCCGGGUGCUAAAUACCAUGUUGCCGCCAGUGUGCCUUACAUCCGGUAUUUCAUCAGUUUUGUGGUACAAUUCCAGUUUUACGAAGAAAUGUGUAAAGCAGCCGGCCAUGGUGAUAAGCCCCUACAUCAAUGUGACUUUUAUAGAAGCAAGGAGGCUGGCAAACUACUCCAUGAUAUGAUGGAACUUGGUGGAAGCCUUCCUUGGCCAGAGGCUUUGAGGCAGAUCACGGGGGAAACAGAGAUCAGCGCCGGGUCGAUCUUACGCUACUUCCAGCCUCUCCGCGAUUGGAUGGAAGAAGAAAAUAGGAAAUUUUGAUGAUCAAAAUUGAAACUGUUGUUUUGUCUGUGUUUUUUUUUUUUUUUUUUUAUUAAAUUAUUUUAAGACAAACACAGAACUGGUGACAGGUACUCAUUGGAAAUGCAAUAAUUUUAAUUAAUUUUAUAA